AGGUUUUUUCCCUCGCGGUUAGAGAAAAAAUUAUCGCUUGCUCAGCCCUAAACUCCAAAAAAAAAAAAUAAAAUAAUAAAUACAAUUAUUUAUCUAUUUUUCUUAAAGUAUCCCUUUUAACUUGUGUGUUUUAUAAACAAAUAUUUUUUCAUACAAUAAUAAAUUAACAAUGGGUAGAUAUCGCAGUCGUAGUAGAGAUCGUGAUCGUAGGAGAAGAUCAAGAACAAGAUCAAGAAGUAGAUCACCAAUGCGUGAUAGACGUAGUUGGGCAACUGGUAGUUUACGAGAUCGUGUUAGUCGUGGUGGUAGACAUCAACCAGGUGCAAGUUUACGUAAACCAAGAUGGGAUCUUGGUCGUUUAGAAUCAUUUAAAAAAGAUUUUUAUGUACCAAGUGAUACAGUUAUCAAUAGAGAUCCAAGAAUUAUUGAACAAUAUAGAAGUGAUAAAGAAAUCACAUUGAGAGGUAAAAAUAUGCCAAAUCCAGUAUUUACAUUUGAAGAAGCUGGAUUUCCUGAUUAUGUCAUGAAAGAAGUCAAACGACAAGGUUUUAAAGAACCAACAUCAAUACAAGCACAAGGAUGGCCAAUAGCAUUGAGUGGACGUGAUAUGGUAGGAAUAGCAUCAACUGGAUCAGGAAAAACAUUGUCAUAUGUAUUACCAGCAAUUGUACAUAUUAAUAAUCAACCAAAGUUAUUAAGAAAAGAUGGUCCAAUUGCAUUGAUAUUAGCACCAACAAGAGAACUUGCACAACAAAUACAACAAGUUGCUGAUGAUUUUGGACAUACAUCUGGAAUUAGAAAUACAUGUUUAUAUGGUGGUGCAUCAAAAAUAAAUCAAGCAAGAGAUCUUGAUGGUGGUGUUGAAAUAAUUAUAGCAACACCUGGUAGAUUACUUGAUUUUUUAGAAUCAAAUAGAACAAAUUUAAAAAGAUGUACGUAUUUAGUACUUGAUGAAGCUGAUCGUAUGUUAGAUAUGGGUUUUGAGCCACAAAUAAGAAAAGUUAUUGAACAAAUUAGACCAGAUAGACAAGUACUUAUGUGGUCAGCAACAUGGCCAAAAGAAGUACAAGCACUUGCUGAAGAUUUUUUAAAAGACUAUGCACAAAUUAAUGUUGGAUCAUUACAGCUAUCAGCAAAUCAUAAUAUCCUACAAAUUAUUGAUGUUUGUCAAGAUUAUGAAAAAGAAAAUAAAUUGAGUACAUUGUUGAAAGAAAUUAUGGCUGAAAAUGAAAAUAAAACAAUUGUUUUUAUUGAAACAAAACGUAGAGUUGAAGAAAUAACAAGAAAAAUGAAACGUGAUGGAUGGCCAGCUGUUUGUAUUCAUGGUGACAAAACCCAACAAGAACGUGAUUGGGUUUUACAAGAUUUCAGAUCAAGCAAAGCUCCAAUUUUAGUUGCAACAGAUGUUGCAGCACGUGGUCUAGACGUUGAAGAUGUCAAGUUUGUUAUUAACUUUGACUAUCCAUCAUGUUCAGAAGACUAUGUACAUCGUAUUGGUAGAACUGGUAGAAGAAAUUGUACUGGAACAGCAUAUACAUUUUUUACACCACAAAAUUCAAAUAAGGCUAAUGAUUUAAUACAAGUAUUGACUGAGGCUAAUCAAGUUAUUCAUCCAAAAUUACGAGAACUUGCUGAUAAUAGAAGCAAUUGUGGUAAUGGUGGAUUUGGAAGACAUCGAGGUGUAAGAAAUAAAUGGCGUGGACGAGGUGGAGGUGGUGGUGGUGGUGGUCGUGGUGGAGGUGGUUAUCCUGGUGGACGUGAUAGAAGUUUUUCUAGAAGUCGAAGCCGUAGUCGAAGCAGAAGUCGUAGUUACAGUCGUGAUAGAAAUGGUCGUGGACGUAUGAGAAGUUAUUCACGUAGUUACUCAAGAAGUCGCAGUCCACCACCAAUGCAUCGUGGAAAAUUAUCACCAAGUCCUGGUCCAGUUAUUGGAAAAAGUUAUUGGAGCAGUGAAAGAUGAUUAUCAAAUAAUAAUUAAAAUACUAAAUUGAGCAUUUGUGAAUUAAGAAUUAAUAACACUAAAAUUAACAAUAAUGUUAUUUUGACAAAUCAAUAAUUCUUAAAUAAUUUUUCCAUUAUGAUUAUUAAUUUAAUAAUGACAAAA